GCAAAGCCUGAGUGGGAAGCUGAUGCUCACAUCAAUGUGUCACCCACCUGUCUGUUUGCAGUGACCUCUCUGGGGGUGCCCGGCUGAAUCAGGAUGGCGAUUCCCGCCCAUGACCUGGACAUCAAGAUUUAUCAAGAGCUCCUCGUGUACCGGAUCCGAGCAAGUGGAUCCCAAGUGGGCGCCCUGGGCUGUUUCCACCUGGAGACAGGCCAGCUGGCGGAGCGACGUGAGACUGAUCCGGCUGACCCGGCCGACCUCCAGCCGGCGGGGGUCACGGCCAGCCCGCUGACCGUGACACUGCGACACGCGGCGGGUCGAGAGGUCAGCGUGGAUACGCCGCCGCCGGCUGACAGGCGACUGGCGGUGACCUGUGCCCUGGUGACGGCCCUGGCGCGCCAGAGGUUGAAGGCGGACGCGGCUGUCUCGGAGACACGCCGGGCCGAGCCAAUGUCGGCUCGGGUCAGGGUCAGAAACCGGCCGCCGGCCAAGCGGCCGACCGGCAGGAGCAUCAUCAACCCAUCGGCGCGGAAGCGGACGGCCGAGCCGGGCCUGAGCUUCGAGUCGGACAGUCAGGAGUGAGGUGGACAGACGCCUGGAGGGGGGUCUGUGGGGCUCGUGAGUAGUAAGACCGAUAGCUGAUGCUCUAGCUUCGAGUCCGACAGUCAGGAGUGAGGUGGACAGACGCCUGGAGGGGGGUCUGUGGGGCUCGUGAGUAGUAAGACCGAUAGCUGAUGCUCUAGCUUCGAGUCCGACAGUCAGGAGUGA